UUUCUGUAACAACCAAGAUUUUCCUAUGGCUACUUUUGAUUACGGGUUGAUGAUCAGCAUGAUGAUGACCAUCUUCUUGGCUUCCUUUGUGUCUGCAGAUCCUGAUUUGCUUCAAGAUGUUUGUGUUGCAGAUCUUACUUCACGUGUAAAAAUAAACAGGUUCGCUUGCAAAAGCAAUAUAUCACCUGAUGAUUUCUUCUUCGCGGGGUUAGCAAAGCCGGGGCUAACUAACAACACCUUCGGUGCAACCGUUACACUAGCCACUGUCCAACAAAUUAAAGGAGUAAACACCCUGGGGGUAUCCAUGGCUCGCGUUGAUUAUGCACCCGGGGGUAUCAACCCACCGCACACACAUCCACGCGCCACUGAGAUAGUGUUUGUGCUCGAAGGCGAAUUGGUUGUUGGGUUCAUCACCACAGAAAAUAAACUCUUCUCCAAGACCAUUAAGAAAGGUGAAAUCUUCACAUUUCCUAGAGGUUUAAUUCACUUCCAAAUAAACAACGGGAAAGUUCCUGCUGCCGCUCUUGCUGCCUUCAACAGUCAGUUACCGGGAACCCAACGGGUGGCAAAUGCUUUGUUCGCCUCAUCUCCACCGGUGGAUGAUGUUGUGUUGAGUAAAUCAUUCCAAAUUGGAACUCAAGAGGUUGAGACAAUUAAGUCCAAAUUUGCUCCAAAAAAGUAA